AGGUCGGCAGAGGAGGAGGAAAAAGAGAAAACAAAUAGGAUUUCCUCCCCGUUUUGCCCUCCAAAGAAGACAAUGGAGAAGGCCGCCAGAAAUCUGGGGGGCCAUUUCAAUGCAAAUAACGAAGAAGCCAUUAAAAAACCAUUUCAAUGCAUGGAGUGCGGAAAUAGAUUCAGUCAGAGUGGAAACCUUAGAAACCAUCAACGGACUCACACGGGGGAGAAACCAUUUAAAUGUAUUGUGUGUGGAAAGAGCUUCAGUCAGAGUGGAGAACUAAGAAGACAUCAACGGAGUCACACGGGGGAUAAACCUUUUGAAUGCAUCGAGUGUGGAAGGAGCUUCACUAUUAUUGGAAACCUUAGAAGACAUCAAUGGGAACACACUGGGGAGAAACCAUUUAAAUGCAUGGAAUGUGGAAAGAGCUUCAGUCAGAGUGGAGACCUUAAAAUUCAUCAACGAACUCACACAGGGGAGAAACCAUUUAAAUGCAUGGAGUGUGGAAAGAGCUUCAGUCGGAGUGGAGAACUAAGAAGACAUCAACGGAGUCACACGGGGGAGAAACCUUUUGAAUGCAUGGAGUGUGGAAGGAGCUUCACUAUUAUUGGAAACCUUAGAAGACAUCAAUGGGAACACACUGGGAAGAAACCAUUUAAAUGCAUGGAGUGUGGAAAGAGCUUCAGUCAGAGUGGAAACCUUAGAAACCAUCAACGGACUCAUACAGGGGAUAAACCAUUUAAAUGUAUGGAGUGUGGAAAGAGCUUCAUUCAGAGUGGAACACUAAGAAUUCAUCAACGGACUCACACAGGGGAGAAACCAUUUAAAUGUAUGGAGUGUGGAAAGAGCUUCACUACUAUUGGAAACCUUAGAGAACAUCAACCAACUCACACGGGGGAGAAACCAUUUAAAUGCAUGGAAUGUGGAAAGAGCUUCACUAUUAUUAGAAACCUUAGAAGACAUCAACGGGAACACACUGGGGAGAAACCAUUUAAAUGUAUGGAGUGUGGAACGAGCUUCAGUCGGAGUGGAACACUAAGAAUUUAUCAACGGACUCACACGGGGGAGAAACCAUUUAAAUGCAUGGAAUGCGGAAAGUGCUUCUGUAGUGGUGGGCAACUGAAUUCACAUCAUCGAACAUACACAGGAGAGAUGCCAUUUACAUGUAUGGAGUGUGGAAGGAGCUUCACUUAUAGUGGAACACUAAGAAUUCAUCAACGGACUCACACAGGGUAGAAACCAUUUCAAUGCAUGGAGUGUGGAAAGAGCUUCAGUCAGAGUGGAAACCUUAGAAUUCAUCAACGGACUCACACUGGUGAGAAACCAUUUUAAUGUAUGGAGUGUGGAAAGAGCUUCUGUACGGGUGGGCAACUGAAUUCACAUCAUCGAACACACACAGGAGGGAAACCAUUUAAAGUCAGAGUGGACUUCUUACAAAACAUCAACAAAUUCAUACUGGGGAGAAACCAUGUAAGUCCUAGGGAAGGGGAUAGAAGUUCAGUUGUAGUGGAAGUCUUACAAACCACCCAAAGACUCUGAGGGGUAAGAGUUGUAAGAGUGGAAACGCUACAAGCCAUGAAUAAACUCAAAGAAGGGCCUCCAAGUCCCAACGGCUGUUCGUGGGGCACAUGCGCAGUAGCACAAUCCCACGGACACAGGGACUGGACGCAGAGACACUUGGAUAUUAUUAUAGAGGAUAGUAAGCAUAUGAUAUUUAAUUAUUAUUAUAGAGGAUAGUAAGCAUAUAAUAUUUAAUGUAUUGUUAGAUAGGGAGGGGGAGUGUUAGAGUCUGGAGUGUUGCUUCUGAAUGAGGAUGGACUGAGGGUGAGCUGGUUUUGGUGUUUGGGGGAGGGAGUUGGAAAUGUUUGUAUCUGGGAAUGGAGAGUUGCACAAAGUGGAGCUGAGAUUGGAGGUGUUGCUCUGGAAGCAGAGUUAGAUAAAUAUUAUAGGAAUAGCAGCAUCACUCCCACUGUUAUCAUUGCAAUGAUGCAACCAUGAAGACACACAAAGACUGAAAGCACCUCCUUAUAUGCCCAAGGUAAUCUUGAAACCAUCAUCUAUUCUUUUGAUUUGUAGAUAUAUUGUGUAUUUGGUGGCAGGAGAAAUAAAAGGGGUACGGUGGUACCUCUACUUAUGAGUAACUCUACUUACGAAUGUUUCUACUUACUAAUGGAGCUCUGUCCGCCAUCUUGGAUGCGGUUUAGAUAGGAUUUUUUCUACUUACGAAUUUUUUAGGUAGGGUUGCUUUGACUUACGAUUUUUUUCUCCCAAUGCAUUCCUAUGGGAUUCGACUUACAAUUUUUUUGACUUAUGAAUGUGCGUUUGCAACGCAUUAAAUUCAUAAGUAGAGGUACCACUGUAUUUAGUGGCAUAAGCAGGAAAGGCUCUGUUCCUAGCUGCACGUCUUGCAUGAGGAGGGAAGGGGGCACAGGGAAGAAGGGGCCGUACCAGAGCAUCUCAAAGCAAUGUAAGGAUGAGUCUAAUGUGGAAGGAGGUUCAGGCAGGUCCCAAAGCGAGAGUGCUAAGGGUCAACGUCCUCCAACUCCACCAGCUGCCCCAAGGCAGGAGCCCCCUCUGGGCCCUGAGGGUGGAAAGCCUCCCUCCACCUUUGAAAGUGGACAUGAUCCGAGGGCAGUGAUGGCGAACCUUUUAGAGACCGAGUCCCCAAACCUCAACGCAAAACCCACUUAUUCAUCACAAAGUGCCAAUGUGGCAAUUCUGCCUGUAUAUCUAAUUUUUUCUGUUUGUUUCACGUUUCUUCUUUAUGACGACUGUUGUAAUAAAUAAUCCUUCAUAAACGUUAUUGCAUUCUAUUCUUCAUUAAAUUAUCUUUCCACUGAUAUUUAUAUUAUGGUAUAACUCAGUUAUAUGUUACAAAAUGACGUUGUAAUGAGGGAGAUUGCUAGAAGGAAUGAAUUUCCAAGCAUGAUAGGUUUUCUGAAUACAAACUGCUUCUCUUCUAGGAUACAAUGUUUCCCAUUAUAAUUGGUUUACUAGGUAACGAGGUUUUGAUCUGCAGCCAGUCCCUUCUCCUCCUGCCAAAAUCCUUGAGCUGGCUCUGCAGAACCAAUGCAUUCUCCUGGUUGGCUAGAAUGGAGCUUUCUUCAAAGACGAGCUUCAUUCACAACUGCACACCCAUGGGAUCGCUUAUCGGGGUU